AUGUCUCUAGAAGUUGAGUAUGACUAUCCGGACGAAUUUGUAGCGAUCCUUCAAGUAAAGUCAAGGGAAUUGGUGCUGAGAAGUGGCAGUGCUACUUCCCAAAGAGAGUUGAAAGGUUUAUUAGUCAUGAAACGAAUUCUUCUGGUUUUUAUCCUGGCUGCUGCUGUUAUGUAUGGUAUCCUGCAUGGAAAUCUAUGGAGAAAUAACUUCUACUGGAUUAGCUUUUAUGGACAGAGUUCCUCUGUGAGGGCUUCUCCUUCCUAUGUGACUAGUGGAGUUACAAUCAGUUACAAUCAGCUGCCACCUACGGCUGUAGAGAGGAGGAAUGCAUUGGAUACUUGUCUCCUGAAACCAGCAUUUGAAUCUUUACUGGGUGUUGACAAAAUAUACCCAUUCCUGUGCGCUAAUGAUUUUAUCAGAGUGGCAGAGUUCCAAGGGAGCAAUAAGUUUGAACUACCUUAUGGAAUAAAGAGAGCAGAGCAAUUUUUUCGUUUAGCCCUUUCAAGACUGCAGAACUGUGGCCUUUCCAGUGAAGAAGACAGCAUUCCCUGUCGACGGUGCAUUGUGGUUGGUAAUGGAGGAGUACUUCGAAAUAAGACAUUAGGGGAGAAAAUUGACUCGUAUGAUAUCAUAAUAAGAAUGAAUAAUGGCCCUGUGAUAGGGUACGAAGAGGAUGUUGGGAGGAGGACGACUUUUCGCCUUUCUUACCCAGAAUCUAUCUUCUCAGAUCCCAUCCACUAUGACCCUAAUACCACUAUUGUUCUCAUCGUCUUCAAACCACGGGACUUGAAGUGGCUUUGGGAGAUACUUGGUGGUCAGAAAAUAAGCGCGAAGGGCUUCUGGAAGAAACCAGCUCUGAAUAUGAUCUACAAAUCGAGUCAAAUCAGGAUUCUUGAUCCCAGCAUCACCAGGAAAGCUGCUUAUGAGUGGCUUCAUUUCCCAACAAGGUUUCCUAAGAAGGAGAAACCCAAGCAUCCAACAACAGGGCUAAUUGCCAUUACACUGGCAUUUCACAUAUGCCAUGAAGUCCACCUGGCAGGCUUCAAGUACGACUUCACUGACAGAAAUAGCUCUUUGCACUACUAUGGCAAUGAAACCAUGUCUCAGAUGAUGCAGAAUGAAUACCACAACAUCACUGCCGAGCAGAAAUUUUUGAAGAAGCUUAUAGACAAGAACUUUGUGAUCAAUUUGACAUGAAAGCUGAAUGGAAAAUACAAAGAACAAUCACUAUUUUCAAGAUUUGAAAAAUGUUAUUUUUUGUAUGACAUUUUUAUUUUUUAAGUGCAACAUAACUGUUUACUGUUUAAAGGAGCGCAGAAACCUCAUCAAGGCAAAAACUUUUAACUGAGGGUAAUGGACUGUUGCAAACAGAGUUAACUGAAUUUCUGUGAAGCUAUUUAAUAGUGGGAAAACCGUGAAACUUUCAACUGAAAGUAUCAGGGAUAUAUAAAAAUGUGAUGUACAUCACUUACUUAUCAGUGAGAACUCUUUCCAAAUGAUUAAUUCUCUGGAAUACUUUUGUUUCUGAUGUUGUCCUCCAAAAGAGUUCCACUGUCAGGAGACUGAGAUGACUGGUGUUCAUUCUGUAGGUGGAUGUAAAGUCAUGACUGUCUUCUUGUAUGAAAAUUGCUUUAAAACUAUGCAUCUAAAUCAUUACUGUAUGUUUUGGAGAAGGGGGAACAUACAGACUGUACAGGUUUUGUUCUGCCAUACUCCUGAGGAGAGGAUGUCCACCUUCAGCUGAGCAGCCACAGCUUCUGCACUGACCAUCAACUCUGGGCUUCUGUCUGCCUUUGCCGAAGGUGAAGACCCUUUGUCUGAUUUGUGGAGAUGUUGGUGUUGACGAUGCUUGUGUUGUACCCAUUUUAUAGAAUAAUAAUGCUCCCUGUGCUGUGCAUCCAGUAAAUUUUACAGUCGCUGACUUGACUUAAAAAAAAGGAAUACAAAGACUGAAGAGCUGUCCGAACUACCUGUGUCAGCCCCCAUACCACAAUAGAAACAAAAGCUUGGACAGACAUGUUCAUGCCUGAGUUUAGAGUCAAUGUUUGUUGGAGUCCUAGUUCUCCAGGACAGCAUCUCAUGCAUUUUUUUUGUUUGUUUCCUCAAAAACAGGUGGAUUUUUCCAAAUGAGUACAAUCUCCUUCCUCAGAUGUUGUAAUGCAUCAAUACAAACAAGGAAUACUCCCAUUUUUGGCAUUAGAGUGUAGUAGGGAAUAUCCAGGGUGUACUUCAGCUGAAUUAUCAUUUGGCAUCUGUUUACCUCUUCUGUGUUGAUAUUUAAGUUUGAAGUGUGUGGAUGAACUUAAAUCAUUUAGCAGUGAGAACUUGCUCACGAUUUUAGUUGAAACAUUUAAUGGGAAGUUUAUAUUUCCUGUAUUGGUUUGUCUCUGACAAGCCUGUGAAUAAAUGAAAUCUGCUUGGGAACACGCUUGACAGCUAUCAAAGAACAACAAUGUGCAGUUCCAGUUCUCUCACAGGACAUUUAUAUAAAAUUUUUAUUUUAAUUAUGGCAGAAUUUCUGGAUGAUUUUGUGGUUAUCUUUGUUAAUCAAACCUGAAGAAAACGCAAAUAAGUCCACUUAAAAAGUCUUUGAAGUUGGUAGGAAUACCAUGGUUGCUUUUCUAUAAAAUAAUAUAGAGAGGACAUUUAGGAGGAAUGCAAACAAUCACAAUAUGAACAUAAACCAGGGUAUUUGUUAUUUUCAGAAGGUGAGGAUUGCAAGAGUGCUGAACACAAUUUAUUUUGCUGCAGCUAUGGAGAGGAAUUGCCAUUUGGGAAUUAGGGGGAGGGCAUUGUGGUCUGGAGAGGUGCCACAGCUGAAGGGAAGGAGGCUUGUGUUUUCACCCAGUGAUUCCUGAGCUUUGGUCUGUGUCAGGCAAGCUGGACAUACCUGAAAUAACUUGAGAUGUCAGGAAAAUCUCUGGCAUGGGCUGGGGAAGGAUGCAGGUGUGUCCCAGCAAGGGACAGGGUGUGCCAUGGUGUCUUGUCUGAUGCAUGUCGCUUGGCUGCAGCUGUACUCCAGCUGUGUGCAGGGUGGCAGGUCAGGGUGUGGAGGA